UCCUGUUCUAGAGGGAAAAGAGUGGCGCCAUGUUGAGAAGAGGCGCUGCUAGGUUUCGAUCGGGAGCGCCGGCGAUCGCUGCCCGAGCGCUCCUUUCUCAGCGAUUCAGCGGCGCUUCCUUCUGUAGCUCCAGUGCUGCGAUCGAUCAAGGGACUGGAAGCUCCCAAUCAAGCAGCGAGCCCUAUGAUGUGGUGAUCGUCGGCGGGGGAAUGGUCGGAGCGGCUGUGGCUUGUGGCCUAGUGAGCUCUCCACUGACGAGAUCACUUAAGAUCGCUGUGAUCGAUGGAAGUCCUAUAUCGUUUGAUAAGGUGAAGAAGAGCGAUAUCCCAGACCCUCGCGUCAGCUCCAUCACUCCCGCGACUGUCUCUUUUUGCAAAGAUAUCGGUACAUGGGAUGAUUUGAAGUCGAAGGUGGCUCCAUUCGACUCAAUGCAGGUCUGGGAUUAUGCUGGCCUGGGUUAUACACGCUACAACGCAGCUGACGUUGAUGAGCCUGUUCUCGGAUAUGUUGUGGAAAAUGGCAUUCUCGUUUCCUCUCUUCGUGCGCGAUUACAGGGUUCAGACGUUGAUCUGUUAUGUCCAACGCAAGUUGAUUCUGUGAUCUUUCCACAUCGAGUAGGCGGUUUGCCGGAAGAAGAGGGAUCCAACUGGGCUCAUGUAAAUCUCAAAGAUGGCCGUUCGAUCGCAACGCGGCUUGUGGUUGGAGCUGAUGGUGGGAAGUCCAAGGUUCGGAAAAUGGCUGGCAUCAGUACGACUGGGUGGGAUUACAUGCAAGAGGGCCUGAUUUGUACAGUUCGAGUUGAUGAGCACCAUUCCACGGCAUGGCAACGAUUUCUACCGACGGGUCCGCUGGCCUUACUUCCAAUGAACGACGAUUUCAGCAACAUAGUUUGGUCUACAACUCCCGAGAAAGCAAAGGAGCUGAAGAGCCUACCCAGCGAAGACUUCGUGAACGCUGUCAACAAUGCUCUGACCAAGGACUUCUCUCCACCACCCAAGUCGGGAUUCGCAGAGGUUUUGACGAACAGGUUCCUGUCGCCGUAUUUUGGAAACUUAGCGCCGUCAGCCACAGAAGAGUUCCAGUUCCCGGUGAAGGUGAAAUCAGUGGAGACGGACAGGCUUUCGUUCCCGCUCUCGCUCUCUCACGCUCGAAGCUACGCUGCUCCCCGCGUGGUUCUCGUCGGUGAUGCGGCACACACCGUCCAUCCUCUUGCUGGACAGGGCGUCAACCUUGGAUUUGGAGACGCUGCUGCUCUUAUCAAAGUCUUGGAAAAGGGAGUGAGAUGUGGUCUUGACGUGGGAGAGAUCUCGCUUCUCAACGAGUACGAGAACACUCGCAAGUUUGCCAAUCUUCCCAUGAUGGCCGUGCUCGACGGCUUCCAGCGGAUUUUCUCCACCGACUCGGGCCCCGUGAACGCUCUUCGAGCUGCGGGAUUUAACUUGGUGCAAUCCUUUGGUCCCUUGAAGAAGCUCGUCAUCUCGUCGGCUAUGAGCAACGGCUUUAGUGGGCUUCCCGGGCUUCUUCGCAUCUAGUAAACUUCUCAAUCCCAAGGACGCUCCUUUUUUUUCGUAUUUGGCGGCAUAUUCACUGAAUCUCCUUUCUCUUUUUUCUU